GUUAACCCUCCACAGUUGGACCUGAGGAGCAGGAAGACAUCCACACUGCUGGAGGUUGUCAACAGACCACUGACUGGUGAGUUUGCAGGUGUGUAUGAGGCUCUGCCCCCCUGCUGCUGGUCUGCCGACAGUCAGAGAGUGGUGUUCAGCAGCGCCCGCAGGAACUGGAAGGAUCUCUAUAUGGUGGACAGACAAUCAAAUAAAGUUACCUCCCUCUCUGAUAGUCUUCCUGAUCUUUCCAAAGUGUUCGGCAGUUGGAAGCUGCUGACAGUACAGAAGGACCUGAUGGUUGUCUGCUGCUCCAGCCCCAACACACCCCCCACUCUGAGGGUGGGUUUCCUCCCCUCAGCAGGUGAGGCUGUGACCUGGCAAACCCUGCAGCAGCCCGUCAUGACCUUUGACCUCCACUGGACUGUACUAGAUGUUACACCUCCACCAGAGGAGGACAACACACACUACUCUGGUUUAGACUUUGGGGCUAUUUUGGUUAAACCCACUCGUCGCCUACAUGAAACCAAGAUACCUCUGGUCGUCUUCAUCCACGGUGGCCCCCACUCACAGUUCCCAGCUGAGUGGAACAGCACCACAGCUGGACUGGCUCAACUCGGCUUCGCUGUGCUCAUGGUGAACUACCGGGGAUCCACAGGGUUCGGACAGGAUAGCAUUUUGUCCCUGAUCGGUAAUAUCGGAACGCAGGAUGUAAAGGAUGUGCAGAGGGCCGUGCUCACAGCGCUGCAGAGUGACAUCACCCUCGACCCCAAAAGACUGGCUGUGAUUGGUGGAUCUCACGGAGGUUUCCUCUCUUGUCAUCUGGUGGGUCAGUACCCAGAGUUCUACAGGGCGUGUGCGGCCAGGAACCCUGUCAUUAAUGCUGCCACCUUAUUGGGCACCAGUGACAUAGUGGACUGGCGUUACAGCAGUGUGGGGCUUCAGUACUCGUAUGACCAGAUCCCCACUGCUGAAGCCCUGGCUGCCAUGUUGGAGAAGUCCCCCAUCACACAUGCUGCUCAGAUUAAGGCUCCAGUGUUGUUGAUGCUGGGGGGGAAAGACAGAAGAGUGUCCCCUCAUCAGGGGCUGGAGCUCUACAAAGUGCUGAAGAGCAGAGCUUCACCCGUCAGAUUGUUGUGGUUUCCAGAAGACGGACACUCUCUGUCCAGAGUGGAUACACAGGCCGACUGCUUCCUCAACACAGUGCUGUGGCUGCACCAGCAUCUCUGAACACACACCCAAUGUGCACAUGGACACACACACACACACACACACACACACACACACACA